AUGAUCGAACACCUCUAUCGGGAUUUCGCAGGUAACAUCCUCAUUGAAGAGCAGGGAGGUGAUUUAGCAACGGCUGUCCGUAAGCAAGGUCUGGUAUUCGGUGCCUACCAUUCCCUCAUGGAUUGGUUUAAUCCACUGUUUAUUAACGACUCUAACAAUCGGUGGAAAACCAACGAUUUUGUCAAAGAGAAAUCGCGCCCAGAAUUAGAGGAAUUGAUUAAUAGAUACAAACCGGAGGUUAUCUGGUCUGAUGGGGAAUGGGAUGCACCGGACACCUACUGGAACAGUACCCAUAUACUGGCCUGGCUGUAUAACGACAGUCCCGUAAAAGACACGGUUGUGGUCAACGAUAGAUGGGGUAAAGUGCUUGGUUUAAAUAUGUGCUGCCACCAUGGUGGAUUUUAUACCUGUGCCGAUAGGUACACCCCAUCCGUACUACAGCCCCACAAAUGGGAGAGUUGUAUGAGUUUUGAUAAGAACUCGUGGGGUUUCCGUCGGGAGGCACCUCUGGCUGACUACAUGUCCACUGAGGAAGUGGUUCACAGUUUUGUGCAGACAAUUAGUUGCGGCGGAAACCUAUUGCUAAACAUAGGGCCCACACAUGACGGACGGAUACCCCUCUUGUUUGAGGAACGGCUCCGACAGUUGGGCUCAUGGCUUGGCAUCAACGGUGAGGCCGUGUAUGCGACCAAACCCUGGGUUAACCACAGGACUCAUCAAAACGAUUCCGUUUCCGGAGACGUUUGGUAUACCUACAAAGACAACAAUGUAUACCCCAUCGCCCUAUCGUGGCCUAAGAAUAACCAAUUGGAGCUUGGUGAUAUUGACUUUAACACUGUGGACACCGUUGAACUGUUGGGCACCACAGGACAGUUAGAUGUAAAAGAGAAAGGAAAGGGAGUUGUGAUAACAUUCCCACCGCUCACACCUCCCGUUAAACUGGAUUACGCCUAUGCCCUCAGAAUUAAAACUAAAUAA